AUGACAGUUGAGAAAAAAAGGGUUGUAUCUGCAAGAUAUUUCGAUGUCAAAAUAAUUUCAAAUAGAGUUGAUGGUUUUGGAACCACCGCUAGAGUUGUUGUGCUGGCAGGUACAAAUAGAGUUGAUGUAUUAGACAAAGCCUUGCUUAGGCCUGGCCGUUUUGAUCGCCAUAUUACAGUCGAUGAACCCGAUAUCAAAGGUCGUGACCAGAUAUUUCAGAUUUACUUGGAAAGGAUCAAACUUGACCACAAGCCUUUAUAUUAUUCACAAAGGCUUGCAUCCCUUACUCCAGGGUUUGUUGGAGCAGACAUUCCUAAUGUUUGCAAUGAAGCUGCUCUGAUUGCUGCAAGGGCUGAAGAAUCACAUGUUACAAUGAAUCAUUUCGAGGAAGCUAUUGAUAGGAUCAUUGGUGGCUUGGAGAAGAAGAACAAAGUAAUAAGUAAGUUGCAAAGGCGUACUAUUGCUUACCAUGAAGCAGGUCAUGCUGUUGUAGGUUGGUUCUUGGAACAUACUGAGCCAUUGUUGAAAGUAACUAUUAUUCACCGCGGAACAUCGACUCUUGGGUUUGCUCAGUAUAUUCCAAAUAAGAACCUUCUCGUGAUAAAGGAGCAGUUUUACGAUAGGACUUGUAUGACACUUGGUGGCCGAGCUGCCGAAAAGGUACUUAUUAGGACAAUCUCCACAGGAGCACAAGAUGACUUGGAGAAAGUCACCAAGAUGACAUAUGAUCAAGUAGCUGUUUAUGGUUUCAGUGAAAAAGUGGGCCUCCUUUCUUUCCCUCAAAAAGAGGACUCGUAUGAGAUGUCUAAACCAUACAGCAGCAAAAUGGGUGCAAUCAUUGAUUCUGAAGUGCAAGAAUGGGUGGACAAGGCAUAUGAAUGCACAAUAAAACUCAUAAAGGAGCACAAGGAGAAAGUAGCUGAAAUAGCAGAGUUGCUGCUAGAAAAAGAAGUACUUCACCAAGAUGACUUACUUCAAGUCUUGGGUGAGCGACCAUUCAAGAGUGCUGAAGUCAGUAAUUAUGAUAGAUUUAAGCUAGGAUUUCAUGAUGAGGAGAAGGUGGUAGAAACCAAGGUGGUUCUCUCAUAG